UGAAUUAUAUAUUAUGGAUAGUUAACUUAGUCGUACUGUCGUUGGCUUUCUUCGCGGUCACACCGAUGAAAAAGGAUGACUAUGAUAAUCAAACUUUCGACAACCUUGUGAAUUCCUUCAUGCGACCAUUGUGGGCCCUUGGAAUUGGUUGGCUUAUUCUUUCUUGCGCUGAAGGUUACGGAGGUCCAAUCAACUGGUUCUUGUCGCUACGCAUGUGGAAAUUGCCCUCUCGGCUUUCGUAUGCGAUCUAUUUGUUGCAUUUACCCUUACAAUACGUUAUAACCGAAGCAGCUUCUCAACACACUUACUUUUCCGUGAUGAAUUUUAUUUACAUAUUCCUCUGUGAAUCCGUUAUAAUUUUCGUAGUCAGCUUUGUUAUUGCAAUUCUGGUGGAUUCUCCGUGUUCCGUUAUUUUCAACGUGUUCUUAAAAGGCGGUAUAAAAAAAUCGUAUUCAAAGCAACAACGAGGUGAUAAAACAAAUGUUAAAACACCAAUUCCGACUAUUCAGGUCACAGAAGAGCCAGUUAUUGACACAAAUAAAGGCACAUCUUGAAGUUCUACUAAUUAUUUACAAUAAAAUUAAAGAUAUAUUCCGUUUAAAAUGUCUAAAUUUAUCAUUUAUCAAGAUUUCAUGUAUUUAUGUUAUGUAAUGGUCAGUAUAA